UUAUGCUGGAUGGGCUAGUGGUACCGGUGACGCCGCUGAGAGUUCUCAGGGCUUCAGAUCUCAGCAAAGCCCUGCAACUCGUGCAGAGGGGUCAGAUAUUCGGCAAGAUAGUGCUGGAUCUGGGUCCGGGGCAGUCUGUGUCGACUCGCAUGUGCAAUAAGCCAACGUAUCAAUUCAAUGCAAACGCGACAUAUGUAAUUGCAGGUGGCUUUGGAGGGCUGGGCCGUAGCAUAUGCCGAUGGAUGGCGAGUCGAGGAGCACGAAAUCUCCUCGCUCUGUCACGGUCCGGGGCCCGGACCGAGCCGGCGCGCCAACUGGUUCAAGAGCUCCGAGCGCUCGGGGUCACUAUAGUGGCGCCGACAUGCGAUAUCAUCCAGCCGGAUUCACUCGCCGAGGUGUUGAAGGAGCAUGCCUCUACGUUACCCCCUAUUCGAGGAUGCAUCCAGUGCACGAUGGUACUGAGAGAUGCCGUAUUCACCAACAUGAGCUACGAAGACUUUGUCCUCAGCACACAUCCCAAAGUCUUUGGGUCAUGGAACCUGCACGCCCUCCUUCCGAAAGGAAUGGAUUUCUUCGUGCUCAUCUCGUCGAUCGGCGGGGUGCUCGGCGCCCCCAGCCAGGCCAACUACUGCGCCGGCAACACCUACAAGGACGCGCUGGCGCGGUACCGGGUGCAGCUCGGGGAGCCAGCCGCCGCCAUCGACCUGGGCAUGAUGGUCGGCGAGGGGGUCGUGGCCGAGACGGCCGGCAUGCUGGACUCGCUGCGUCGCCUGGGCUACUUCAUGGACGUCACCCCGGCCGACCUGCACGCGCUGCUGACCCACUACUGCGGAGCGCCGCGCCCAUCCACCGCGUCUCCCACCGAGGCGCAGGUCGUGGUGGGCAUCGAAUGUCCCGCCGCGAUGGAGGCCAAGGGCUUCGACCCGCCCUACUGGAUGCAGCGCCCGUAUUUCCGCCCCCUCCACCUCGUCAAUUCCCACCUGCCGACCACCCGACCCAUGCCCUCCGCCUCGCCCGCCGGGCCCGCCGCCGCGGGAAGAGCAGCGGGCAAGCCCGGCGCGGAUGCCGCCGCCGUGCUGCGCGCGAGCCCGUCCGUCGCGGCGGCCGCGGCCCAGAUUAUGCAGUGGGUCGUGGCCAAGCUGGCGCAGAUCCUGGGCCUACCCGUCGAGGAGAUCGCCGUGGACCGGCCGGUGCAUGCGAACGGCAUCAAUUCGUUGGUGGCGGUCGAGCUGCGCAAUUGGUUCGGGAAGCGCAUUGGGGCGGGUGUGGCGGUCUUUGAGAUCCUGGGGAAUAUGACUCUGGCGGAGCUGAGUCGGUUGGCGGCCGAGAAGACUCGCUUUCGGGGUCGAUGAUUCCAGAUAGGUCAUGCGUUUUUGUCGGUGGGAGGAGGGCGGUGCAUCGAUGCACGCGGAGGAAUCUUGCUGUUCUAGGAUCGAGGGAAUCUGCGGGGUGGGGACGGAGGAACAACACACACUUUGGCAUGGACAGGAGCACUGUUGGGUCUCUGUACACCGUGCUGGAGGGAACGAUCGAAAUCUACAAGUAAAACUGUGGACAACGUAUACAUCAUACCUAGGAAACGGUUCUGGUGGUUUGCAUCAUCCCCUCCCCGCCAACCGACUAACUCAAAGCAUCCCGAAUAGAAGUAUAGAAGUCCGCAAACAUGAGAUUUAUCCUGCUGUACAUCAAUUGACUAGAUCGCUUUCAG